CUUACCUCCGUCUUCCCUUGAGGCGGGUUCAGUAGUUUCCCCCUCUUUCCUCUCAUUUCUUCUCCUUAGGUAAACUCUUAGUUAAGAUCAAUGGCGGCCGCUGAUGUUGAAUUUAGAUGUUUCGUCGGUGGUUUGGCUUGGGCCACCACCGAUCAGUCACUCGAGCAGGCCUUCUCCCAAUUCGGCGAAGUCAUCGAAUCGAAGAUUAUUAACGAUCGCGAGACCGGAAGAUCUAGGGGCUUCGGAUUCGUUACUUUUAAGGAUGAGCAGGCGAUGAGGGACGCAAUCGAGGGGAUGAACGGACAGGAACUCGACGGCCGUAAUAUCACGGUCAACGAGGCUCAGUCCCGCGGAAGCGGUGGCGGAGGCGGUGGGGGAUUCCGUGGGCCUCGCCGUGAAGGUGGUUAUGGAGGAGGUGGCGGUGGCUAUGGACGCCGUGAGGGUGGUUAUGGAGGUGGCGGCGGUGGCUAUGGACGCCGUGAGGGUGGUUAUGGAGGCGGCCGCGGUGGCGGCUACGGUGGUGACCGUGGUUAUUCCAGAGGUGGUGGUGCCUCUGAGGGAAACUGGAGGGAUUAAGAGUUUUAGUGAUCUCCAGUUCUCACCUUGGGUUGAUUUACUAAUUCCGUAUUGAAGUCUUGUGGUUUAUUCAUGCUCUGGGUUAGUUGGUUACUGUAUUUUUGACCUCGUGUUGGAGGAGUUGCUUUGUGUUCGUAAGUCCGUCUAUGAAUCUAUGUUUACAGAGUUCCGUGGAAUGAAGUAAAUUGAGGUUGUUACAA